AUGACAUGGGCGGAAACUGACUCAAUUCCACGCUGAAUCUCCCGCGAACGCAGCCAUUUACUCUUUUUCUCUUCGUUUCAACGCUGGAGAACAUCAAAAUCCACGACACAUUUAACAAUGGCAGAAGGCGAGCCACAGGUCCAGUUCAAGCUUGUGUUGGUUGGCGAUGGAGGAACGGGAAAGACCACUUUCGUCAAAAGACAUUUGACAGGAGAGUUUGAGAAGAAAUAUGUUGCCACUCUGGGAGUGGAGGUGCACCCGCUGGUCUUCCACACUAACAGAGGGGCCAUCAAAUACAACGUGUGGGACACAGCCGGGCAGGAGAAGUUUGGAGGGCUCCGAGACGGCUACUACAUCCAAGCACAGUGUGCGAUCAUCAUGUUUGACGUCACGUCUCGAGUCACCUACAAGAACGUACCCAACUGGCAUCGUGACCUGGUGCGUGUCUGUGAGAACAUUCCCAUAGUCCUCUGCGGCAACAAGGUGGACAUCAAAGACCGGAAAGUCAAAGCCAAGAGCAUCGUAUUCCAUCGCAAGAAGAACCUCCAGUACUAUGACAUCUCUGCUAAGAGUAAUUACAACUUUGAGAAGCCCUUCCUGUGGCUAGCACGGAAGCUGAUUGGAGACCCCAACCUGGAGUUUGUGGCCAUGCCCGCCCUCGCCCCCCCAGAGAUCCUCAUGGACCCCUCCCUCGCCGCGCAGUACGAGCACGACCUCAAAGUUGCAUCAGAAACAGCCCUCCCAGAUGAAGAUGAUGACCUUUAACCUGUUACCUAUGACCCCCCCCCCCCCUACCCCCGCGUGGCAGGAAGUUGUCUGAGUUUGGCCCCUUUACUGUAAAAUCCCGUUGCAGAUUUAUUUUUGAACUCUAUUUUUUUGUUUUGCUUGUGUUUUAAAACGGAAAGAAAUACAAACAUGGUGAAGUCGUGUGGUUCUCUAGUUUCACUGUAAGACACACCGCCCUAGUGUUGGCAUGGCAAUGUUACUCACCAUCAUCAAGCACCACCCUCUGCCCUUCCCCGGCACACACGCUGGGCUAAGGCCGACUGACCGGAAGCACUUGGGGGGGGGAAUAAAUUUGAAUAAAAACAUUCUCAAUAUAA